GCGAGCGGCGCGUUGAAGCAGAGCCCGGCCCACUCGUGCGCGCUCGCUCGCUCACUCUCGCUGACAGGCUUUAAUGGACGCCCCGCGCGGCUGUGGUUGUGGGACGGCCCACACAGCGCUACGCUCAGUAUGGAUGAGCGCUGAGAGAGGAGAGCCACUAGUGCUGUGGGGAAACGACGGCAGCCUUCUCCCAGGCUACGCCUCGGACCGCGAGGGAAUAAAUUACAGCCGACAUUCUUCAAGACUGAAGAAAUGAAGCUCAACAACAACUCAACAAUUUCGACAAAACAAAAAUGACUUUUUUUUACCUUUGGGUCUCAACAUACUGGCAAUCAUGCAUUGGUACAUAUGAUACUGGAACAGGAACAAAUUAAAUCAAAGGACAACUUAUAUUUUCAAAUCUAAUUAUUCUAACUUGAUGAAAGCAUCCAAAAUUAAGAUAUAUUUUAAUUAAUAAUAUUUGAUACAAGUGUUCAUCACACAUAACUGGUAAAAGCCUAAAUAUAUUGUGGACAUAUUUUUGACUAAUUCUGGCCACUGGCACUGGAAAUUAAUUAUUAUAUGUGCCAAUACAGUAUUUCAUGUCGAUACAUUAUGUGGCCUUUUAUCAUGAAGUACAUAAAUCUGUCAUAAUGAAGCCUGACACAGAGAUACAGUGAUGGAUUUUAAAAAUGUGACACAAUGAGUCAGCAUUGUACCAUUAUGAACCAUGACACAGAGAUGCAGUGAUAGAUUUAAGAAUGUGGAACAAUGAGUGAGUAAUGUUCCAUUAUGAGGCGUGACACAGAGACAGUGACAGAUUUAAGAACGUGGAACAAUGAGUCAGUGAUUCAGUCCAUUCCGCCAGAACAUAUUUACACAUGCUGAGAAGAGAAUGUGGUUCUUCCAUGUCAAGCAGACACCAAAUGGAGAUGAUGCCAUUGACUGACAGAUAGGAUAGUAUCAGGUUUGAAAGUCAAAGCUUAGUCGACACUGCUCAGAUUCAAUGAAAGGAGGAGGGGCACUGAACAGCUGGUGAUUCUCAUUCGUCAGACUGCAUGGAAACCAGUCCUUUAUAGACGUCAAUCAAGAAGGCCAGGCCCCAACAAGGACAUUGACCUCUGCAUUAUCUAACCAAGGAAAUUAAGUAUGUUCAGAGCUACAAGCCAGGCAAUGAACGCUGGUAACUGAGCGGCAAUGUUGGACACACCUUGUCCCAAUUACUUGCGAUGGACACUUUCUCUUGAGAUGGACACUAUCUUUUGAGAUGGACAGACAUAAAGGAGGAAUCGAAUCCGUUAAAAACUUUCGUUUUCAACAGAUCGCAAGCAGCUUGAGAAAAAUGGCAGAUCAGGUACGCCUCUAGCCGACAGAGAGUGAGGGACCUCUGAUGUAACUCUGGGGGGGGGUACCAUGCUGCGGCGGGGGGCUAUGAACUUAGUGGUCCGCUCAGGCGUGUUCCUGGUGGCGGUAUGCUCCGCCCUGUCCCUCCUCUACAUGCUGGCCUGCAGCCCGCCCUCUGCGGAGAGACUGUCCCUCCUGCCCCGGGCCGAUGUCCCGGCGGACAAGGAGUCGUACCAGGCCCUCCUGCAGGAGCGGGAGGAGCAGCACCGCCGCUACGUCAACAGCCUGGAGAAGCAGGUCUCCCAGCUGCAGGAGGCGCUGGAGGAGCGCAGCCGGCAGCUGGAGAACCUGAGGAAGUCCCUGGGGCAGGAGGAGACGCUGACGGUGCUCGCGGAGUCCCCGAACGGGCUGGGGGGCGGGCCGGGGGGCAGCGUGGACCUCGAGGAGUUCUUCCAGAGCCAGCUGGACCGGGCCGAGGUCCGGGCGGGGACCAAGAUCCCCAGCGAGUACGCGCUGGUGCCCUUCGAGGCCUUCACGCUCCACAGGGUCUACCAGCUGGAGACCGGCCUCACCCGGCACCCCGUGGAGAAGCCCGUUCGCAAGGACCGGCGGGACGAGCUGGCCAGCGCCAUCGAGGCCGGCCUGCAGGCGCUGAACACGCCCUGGGAGAGGGACGACCCGACCCAUCGGCGGGUCUAUUCGCCCAGCGACUUCAUCGAAGGUAUUUCUCGGACGGAGAAAGACAAGGGGACCGUGUACGAGCUCACCUUCAAGGGCGACCGGAGCGGCGAGUUCAGAAGGCUGGUGUUCUUCCGUCCGUUCGGACCGCUGAUGAAGGUGACGAGCGAGCGCGUGCGCACGGACAGCGUGCUCAUCAACAUCGUCGUGCCGCUGGCCAAGCGCGUCGACAAGUUCCGACAGUUCAUGCGUAACUUCAGGGAAGUCUGCAUUCGCCAGGACGGCCGGGUCCACCUCACCGUGGUGUACUUUGGGAAGGAGCAGAUUAAUGAGGUGAAAGGGAUACUCAAGACGACAUCAAAAGAGAUGAACUUCAGGAACUUCACCCUCAUCCAGCUGAACGAGGAGUUCUCGCGUGGGCGGGGCCUGGACGUGGGGGCGCGGUCCUGGAAACAUGGCAACGUCCUCCUCUUCUUCUGCGACGUGGACAUCUACUUCUCCGCCGAGUUCCUCAACUCCUGCCGACUGAACGCGAAGCCUGGCAAAAAAGUGUUCUACCCAGUCCUCUUCAGCCAGUAUAAUCCAAGCCUGAUUUAUGGCAACAAUAGCAUUCCACCUUUACAACAGCAGCUGUUGAUUGAUAAGAACACUGGAUUCUGGAGAGAUUUCGGUUUUGGAAUGACAUGCCAGUAUAGGUCGGAUUUCAUCAACAUCGGUGGGUUUGACGUGGACAUCAAAGGCUGGGGCGGGGAGGACGUGCACCUGUACAGGAAGUACCUGCACAGCCUGCUGCUGGUGGUGCGCGCCCCGUCCCGCGGCCUGGUGCACCUGUGGCACGAGAAGAGCUGCUCCGCCCAGCUCCCGCCCGAGCAGUACAGGAUGUGCCUGCAGUCCAAGGCCAUGAGCGAGGCCUCGCACGGCCUUCUGGGAACGCUCUUCUUCCGCCGCGAGCUCCAGGAACACCAGCAGCGGCAGCAGGGUCUCCGGGGCGACGGGAGCCGGUCCUGACAGGACGGGGGGGGGGGGGGGGGGGGGGG